UUUACUGCCGCUACCCAGUUACAAGUUCUCGUGGCGUUGGUACCCGGCGGCCGGACCGCAGUCCCGGUCCGACCGGCGAGAUGCCGACCGGAAGCCGCUGCCCGGACUGCGGCUCCUCCGAGCUCGUGGAAGAUUCGCAUUAUGCUCAAAGCCAGCUGGUGUGCUCCGACUGCGGCUGCGUGGUCACCGAAGGCGUCCUGACUACCACCUUCAGCGACGAGGGCAACCUCAGGGAAGUGACAUACUCUCGAAGCACUGGGGAAAACGAACAAGUUAGUCGCUGCCAGCAACGAGAUCUCCGUCGAGUAAGAGACCUGUGUCGAAUUCUGAAGCUGCCACUAACGUUUGAGGAUACAGCAAUCUCCUACUACCAAAAGGCGUAUCAGCUGUCGGGCAUCCGCGCUGCCAGGCUGCAGAAGAAGGAAGUGUUAGUCGGAUGCUGUGUUUUAAUCACCUGUCGGCAACAUAACUGGCCCCUCACCAUGGGAACCAUCUGCACGCUGCUCUAUGCCGAUCUGGACGUGUUUUCCGGCACCUAUAUGCAGAUGGUGAAGCUCCUGGGACUGGAUGUGCCCUCCCUGUGCCUGGAAGACUUGGUGAAGUCUUACUGCAGCAGCUUCAAACUGUUCCAAGCGUCCCCGUCCAUGCCAGCCAAAUACGUGGAAGACAAAGACAAGAUGCUGUCUCGAACCUUGCUGUUGGUGGAGCUGGCAAAUGAGACGUGGCUAGUGACUGGACGGCAUCCCUUGCCCAUCAUCACUGCAUCCACCUUCCUGGCCUGGCAGUCUCUGCGGCCGUCAGACCGGCUCACCUGCUCUCUUGCCCAGUUCUGUAAAUUGGCGAAUGUGGACCUGCCCUCCCCAGCUGCCUCUCGCCUGCAGGAGCUCCAGGCUGUGCUCCUUCAGAUGGCCGGCCAGCUGGCCUGGCUACAGGUUCUAAAACUUAACAAGCGGUCGGUGGUGAAACACAUCGGUGACCUUCUCCAGCACCGCCACAUGCUGCUCCGAAUGGCUUUUCGAGAUGGAACGGCAGAAGUGGAGACCAAGAAGCAGCAGCAGGGACAAGGACAGCAGGAAGAGGUGGGGGAUGGUCCCUUCGAUUUGCCCAAGAGGAAACGUCCUGCCAGUCCUGCUCCCCUCCUCCCCCCCUGUAUGUUGAAGCCCCCCAAGCGGACCCACACCAUGCGCCCUGAAUCUGUAGUGACUGGAGAUGAGGACAUUUCUGAUAGUGAAAUAGAGCAGUAUUUGCGCACCCCUCAGGAAGUUAGAGACUUUGAGAGAGCCCAAGUUGCUAGCCAGGCAGCCAUGAGUGUCCCUAACCCUCCCUGAUGCAUACACUUCAAGGUGUCUUCAGUUCUGACUGCCAUCUAUUAACAGGCCUGUUGUGUUGCAAGAAAUGACUGUGGCUAUUUCUUUUUUAAAGAAACCAAGAGUAGCCUUGCAGUUAAUUGGACCCAAGGUACUAGAGAAGAUGGGAGGCGGAUGGGAUGACUGGGAGGGAAAAUCCUGACCCCUGGUGCAGGUUACUGAGCCAGCUGUCUAGUCCAGGAUAGAUCCUAAGACUGCUAAGGGGUCUGUCUGUCCAGCUCUUCUACCCUAGUGUGCAGUAAGCGCAGUGCUGUGGUGAAUGAGCUGCAUCCUAGUGCUGCCAAUCAUUCCAUGAGCAGGAGCAGCAGCUCCUGGCCUGUGUCUGGUCUAGGCUCUAGUGGUUUGGAGUAUUUACAUCAUUAACAAAAGGACCAUGGGUGGACGACAGCUGCUGCUCAAAGAGUUUUGCAAGAUUUUAAUAUAUUAAAACAAAGAGGCAUCUGCUGGAAAACAUUCUAUUGUAUAAAACCAG